AUGCACUCCCACUCCGGGGAGUUCUGUCCGGGCCACGCAAAGGACCAGCUCGAGGACAUCCUCAAGCAUGCCGUCUCCAUCGGGUACAAGACGAUUGGGCUCACGGAGCAUAUGCCUCGUUAUGAGGAGCGGGACUUGUAUCCUGAAGAGCUCGACGACCCUGCCGCCUCCCUUGCCAUCCUCCCGCCCCGUCAUGAAGCCUACCUCGUCGAAGCCCAGCGCCUGCAAAUGGCCUACACCUCGCAGAUCCACAUCCUCAUCGGCUUCGAGGCCGAGUUCAUCCGGCCGUCGUUCGCGACGCGCGUCCGCGCCCUCGCCGAGCACCCGGCCGUCGACUACUUCAUCGGCUCCGUGCACCACGUCCACAGCAUCCCCAUCGACUUCGACGCCCGCAUGUUCGGCCUCGCGCGAGACGCCAGCGGGCCGGCCGACGCCCCCGGCACCGAGGAGCAGCUGUACGAGGACUACUACGACUUGCAGUUCCAGAUGCUGCAGCAGCUGAAGCCCCGUAUUGUCGGCCACUUUGACCUCAUUCGGCUGUUGAGUGAGGAGCCCGGGAGGGACAUUCGCCAGUGGAAGGGCGUUUGGGAGCGUGUCGUGAGGAACCUCGAGCUCGUGGCCCAGCAAGGCGGGUGGCUAGAGUGCAAUAGCUCGGCCCUACGCAAAGGCCUGGCAGAGCCGUACCCAUGUAGACUGAUUUCCGAAGAAUGGCUCAAGAUGGGAGGCAAGUUCACCUUCUCUGACGACAGCCACGGCAUCGCUCAGGUCGCCACCAACUACGCCCGCACCGUUACAUACCUCGAGAGCCUGGGUAUCCAAGAAGUGUGGACGUAUCGGCGAAAGCCGCAUCCAGGCCUCGAGGGCAACAGCAGGGCGAUGAUCGAAGAGGCCAGCGUGCCUCUCACGGCAUUCCGCGAGAGCUUCAAGCCAUAG